ACAGACAUGUUGAACAAACGUGAGUGACUCACUCACUACGUUGCUGUUUUCCCCCAAAUUCCCAAAUCAAAAUUGAAACCGUCACUUCUUGCAAUUUCUAGGGUUCCUUCAAUGGCUGAUUGGGGUCCGGUGGUGAUAGCGGUGGUGCUGUUCGUGCUUUUGAGCCCAGGGCUGUUGUUUCAGAUUCCGGCGAGUGGAAGAGUGGCUGAGUUCGGAAACAUGCAAACAAGUGGUGUUUCCAUUCUGGUUCACGCCAUCAUCUACUUCGGACUCAUCACUAUCUUCGUCAUUGCCAUUGGCGUUCACAUCAACACUGGGUAAACAAACAUAGAGAAAAGGGAUCUGAAAAUGUAUUUUGAUUUUAUUUAUAGUAUGUAUGUUUGAUCUAUGUUUCCUUGUUAGUAGUAUGUUUGUACUGAAUCUGUAUGUAUGUACUUUGGUGGUGUUGUUAGGGAUAAGAUAAGGAUCACAUUGUUUGUAGGCUUGAUUCCAGUUUGGGUCCCUGAUGUUUUACAAAUAUGCGAUCUGCAUCCCCUGUAUUUAAAAUGUGCGGUCAAACUCCCUCAUGUUUCUAAAA